AAAGACAACGUCCCUCUGGACUUUGGUUUAUAAGGGGCGCUAGAGAGAGGCGGCAACCAAGUAACAACGCACGCAUCCACGGUGAAUGAUCUUCUAGUCUCACCAGGAUGUCGAAAGCUCCACCUGCUAAGAAGGUGGCUCCUCCACCACCCGGAUGCACUCUUGAUAUCAGCGAUCCUCAGGUUCAAGAAGCAGCUAUCAGAAUCCAAGCGUCCUAUAGAGGACACAGAUCACGGAAAGAACUUCGGGAAAAGGGUCCACCUCGAAUCCUGCAGGAGUUGAAAGAUGUAGUCCUGUUGGAGGGUAGUGCAGCUAAGCUUGAGUGUAGAGUCAGCGCCUUCCCUGACCCCUUCAUCGUCUGGUCAAAGGAUGGUAAAGAACUUAAAGAUGGCCCCAAAUAUCGCUAUGUGUUUGAGGACCCUGACAUCGUAGCCCUGGUCGUCCGGGAUGGAGAGUUAUCUGACUUAGGCCAGUACACUGUCUCAGUAAAGAAUGCUUUUGGGGAAGCAUAUGACUCGGCACGUAUCAUUGUUGAGGUUCCUGCAAAAAUUGAAAAGGGCCCAGACAGCGUAAAGGCAAAGAAAGGAUCUACAGUGACUUUGAAAGCUGUUAUUAGUGGAGAGCCAGCUCCUGAUGUAGGUUGGGUCAAGAAUGGAGAAGACAUUGAGGAAGAUGACAGAGUAUUUUACGACAUUGAUGAUACUUCAACCACCCUGACCAUCAAGAAUGUGCAGGCAUCAGAUGCUGGAAAGUACGAGAUCUUUGUGGAGAACAAUCUCGGUGUGGAUCAGUCCUUUGCCCGUGUGGACAUCAUGUGAGGCCCUCCUGUCCUGUCACACACUGCCUUUAUAUUUGUCUAGUCUCUUCAUAAGCUGCUGCUGCCAACCCCUUUACUAUUGUUUGUAAGCCUCUGUGAGUUAGUAAAGAAGGACAUAAGCACAAUUCAGAUAAGAUACAGUAGACCUUGCAGCAAAAUGCAGUCCCUCCAAUAGGAUAUAUACAGCCACCAGCCAACUACAAUUCCCAUCCCGGCUGUGGGUAAACUUGAGUUUCUUUUGGGUUGACAUACACCAGCUUUGGAGUAUACGGUCAAAAUGGCACCCGGCACGCAAUCCAAUGAAAUAACUUGAACAAUCUGAUUUAGUUCAGCUGGAAAGCUCUCUGUCUGUCACUCAGUUGUUUUAACUUUUAUUAAAAUAAAAUCAUACUCUUUCUCA